AUGGAGAAAGAGGAGGAAAAGAAAAAAGACGAUUUCGGUGAGCAAGAUGAAGGUCCUUAUUCUUGUUUACCAGAGAAAAACGCCCCUUGCUAUGGAAAAAUCGAAUGUGUUAAUAAAAUCGGAGUCUUUACGUUUUUUCUCUGCUUGGCGGUCUUGCUGCAGUGCGGCGUCAAUUUCGGGCUGAUUCCGAUUUGCGUUUCGACGCUUGAAAAACGAUUCGGCUUCGAGUCGUGGAUGACUGGAUUCAUGAUCGUCUUCAGCGAAAUUGCUUUCGUUGCCAGUGCUGUAACGAUAACGAAGUCCUGGACGGCGACUGUUGGUGUCAAGAAUUGUGUUUGUAUGGUGAUUCUUGGGUUUGGCUGUAUUUUUUACUCGCUUCCUCAUUUUUUGACGGACAACUACUCUUAUCCUGGAAUGAACAACAGUGCUUCCGACGGCGAUGACUUCGAAUUCUGCGUCGAUGAACCUCUAGAAUGCGUCGAAAAUGAGCAGAAUCUUCAAUGGUGGCUGGCAAUGUUUGUUCUUGGCCAAAUUUUCAUCGGGAUCGGCAGUGUUCCUCUUCAUACAGUCAGCAUGGCGUUCAUCGAGACAAGCUGUCCACCUGGAAAAGGGGCUAUUUACUUUGCUCUGGUUCGAGCUUGCACGGCGCUUGGGCCGCUUGUUGGGUACUUGGGCGGAGCAAUUAGCUUAUCGACUUGGGUAGAUUUCGACACGGUCGAAAAGCCGGAUAAUAUCGAGCCGGGCGAGCCCCAGUGGGUAGGGGCGUGGUGGCCUGGAAUUCUCGCCGCGGGCAUUGGCUGCAUCUUUGUUGGACCGUUCUUUUUCGGCUUUCCGAGGCAAAUUCCUGGGACCGCGGAGAUCAAGAAAAAACGAGUGGUCGAAAUUGAAGAUGGAGAUUCGUCCGCUGGAGAAGCAAAUUUGAUGUCGGUGGUGAAGAAUCCGAUUUUUCUUCUCUGCUCGUUCGGGAGCGCUUUUGAUGCUCCGGUGAAAACAGGGCUGAUGAAUUUUGGACCAAAGAUCAUCGAAGUGCGAUUUCAUGUGACCGCUGCUAAUUCUGCUGUGGCAAGUGGGAUCGUUUGCGUUCCAGGAGCUCUUCUCGGAAGCAUUUUCGGUGGAGUCGUGAUCAAAUGCAUGAAACUCAGCGGCCGAGGAAUCAUGAUCUUUUCCACCAUCGCCGCCACCCUCGCUGCCUUUUUCUAUGCUUGGUCGGCGUUUCUAUCCUGUGGCCAGCCGGAACUCGUUGGUGUUACUUCUCCUUAUCCAAACAACGUUUUUGUCCAGCAAGAAUCGGUCAGCCAUUUUGGCCUCUUUGACCACCCAUCAAACUACAGCGUGAAAAACGAGUGCAACGAUGACUGCCAUUGUAUCGAACGCUACUACUUCCCGACUUGUAUUGGGAAAGAAGAUCCGGUCACGAAGCAAUUUGUUGGGAAAACUUACUUUUCUCCAUGUCAUGCUGGAUGUGCUGAAAGUCAAACAAUGCCGCCAGAUGAGGAUAAUCCUGAUGGAUAUGAAAUGUAUUUCAACUGCGCCUGUGCUGGUCCGGAAGAGUAUGGAUACAUGAAAGCUUGUGAUAAAGAACAAGAAGAAGAAGAUGAAUGUAGCGCUCAAUAUCUUCAAAUGCUCAUCAUCAGUUUUUUCACCAUCUUUUUCGAGUUUCUCACUGAUGUCACGGCGCCCAUCGCUAUUCUGAGAGCUGUUGGCACUGAAAACAAAGGACUUGCCCUGGGUCUAAUGUGGGUAAUCAUCAAAGCGUUCGGAAACUGCUGGGCCCCAAUAGUCGCUGGAAAAUUCAUGGACAAAAGUUGCGUGAUCUGGUCGACUACGGAAUGCGCGGGAAUGCUUUCCUUACCUUUGACGUUCAAAAUCAUCAACAUUUUUCUCUACGCCCUCGCUGCCUAUAAAUUCCAGGAGCUUCAAAAACCAGAAGAUGGAAAAUUCGACAAAAUAGAGAAGGAAGAAUCGGCACUUGAAAACCCUUCUUUUGAAGAAGAAAAGAAAAAAGAAGAACCAAAAGAGGAAGAAAUGGCUAAUUUUUGA